AUGUCAAAAUCAACAAAUCAAAACACACCAUAUAGACCUGUAGAACCAUGGGUUAAUAAAUAUAGACCUAAAACAGUCGAUGAAGUAUCACAUCAAGAUGAAGUUGUUAAAGCAUUAAAAAGAUCAUUAGAAACAGGAAAUUUACCACAUUUAUUAUUUUAUGGUCCACCAGGUACAGGUAAAACAUCUACUAUAUUGGCAGUUGCAAUGGAUCUGUUUGGUCCAGAGUUGUAUAAAGACAGAGUGUUGGAGUUGAAUGCCUCCGAUGAGCGUGGCAUUGAAGUCGUUCGUACAAAGAUUAAGAACUUUGCUAGUUUCUCUGUCAGCCAGAACAAUACACUGACCAACGGUAAGCCAGCGGCUGCCUUCAAGUUGAUCGUACUGGACGAAGCCGACAGUAUGACACACGAUGCACAGGCUGCACUGCGUCGUAUCAUCGAGUACACCAGUAAGACAACACGUUUCUGUCUGCUGUGCAACUAUAUAACACGUAUUAUCGAGCCACUCUCUUCGCGUUGCGCCAAAUUCCGUUUCAAAUCACUGAAUGACACCGCCAUGAUUGAACGUCUGCGCUACAUUGCCUCGUCGGAAUCGAUGCCACCCGUCAAAGACGAGGUCUACCAAGCGAUUCACGCCGUAUCCGACGGUGAUCUCAGAAAGGCAAUCACCUACCUCCAAUCAUCCUAUAGAUUCUACGGUUCAAGAGAAUUGACACCAGAUAACAUUUAUAAUAUAUCGGGUACUGUACCACCAAAAUUAAUAGAAACAUUAAUCAAUACAUGUAAAUCGAAUUCAUAUGAUAAACUACAAUCGAAUCUACAACAGUUGGUUACAAAAGGCUAUCCGGCAUCACAAAUACUCGUACAGAUAUUCGACCAAGUCACAAAUCAUAAAUCAUUUUCCGAUAAACAAAAAGCACUUAUUGCCAUGAAGAUUGGUGAUGUCGAUAGAAAUCUUGUUGAUGGAUCAGAGGAAUUCCUUCAACUCUUUGACACUGUAUCUUUUAUAAUGAAACAACUCAGUGAUAACUCAAAUAACAACAACAACAACAAUAAUAGAAUGGAUUUAGAUUGA